CUUUCAUACCCGUCAUUUCACUCCUCAUUUAUUACUACUCUCUUUCAUCUUCAAAAAUCCUCUGAAAAUAUCUCCUGUUUCACUUUCUUCUUCAUCAAGGCCACACAAAGAUCUUUACCCUUCUCUUGGAUAGAGAUUGUAAAAAAAUCCCACAAAUUGUGUGGGUGGGUGGGGGGAAGAUAUAUAGAAAUGGCAGCAGAAGAGGAUGUGCGUAUGACUGAGGUCACUGGUCCAUUUCGUCAGGUUCUUUUCAUCUCGGCUGGUGCUAGCCACUCCAUUGCUCUUCUAUCUGGAAAUAUUGUUUGCUCAUGGGGACGAGGAGAGGACGGGCAGUUAGGCCACGGCGAUGCGGAAGAUCGACUUUCGCCAACACGAUUGAGUGCAUUGGAUGGACUUGAUAUAAUAUCUGUUACAUGUGGAGCCGAUCAUACAACUGCAUAUUCAUUGUCUUGCACUGAAGUGUAUAGUUGGGGGUGGGGUGACUUUGGAAGACUUGGUCAUGGAAAUUUUAGUGACUUAUUCACUCCUCAGCCCAUAAAAGCAUUACAUGGUCUGAGGAUUAAACAAAUUGCUUGUGGAGACAGCCAUUGUUUAGCUGUGACAAUGGAAGGCGAGGUCCAGAGUUGGGGAAGAAAUCAAAAUGGUCAACUUGGUCUUGGAAGCACUGAAGACUCUCUUGUGCCUCAAAAGAUUCAAGCCUUUCAGGGUAUUUCUAUCAAAAUGGUUGCUGCUGGUGCUGAGCAUACCGCAGCUGUUUCAGAAGAGGGUGCACUCUAUGGUUGGGGAUGGGGACGAUACGGGAACUUGGGCUUAGGUGACAGAAAUGAUCGCUUAGUUCCUGAGAAGGUUUCUACUCUCAAUGGAGAGAAGAUGAAUAUGGUUGCUUGUGGAUGGCGGCAUACCAUAUCAGUCUCUGAUACUGGUAGAUUAUACACUUAUGGGUGGAGCAAGUAUGGUCAACUAGGACAUGGGGACUUUGAGGAUCACCUUGUUCCGCAUAAGGUGGAAUCUUUAGCCGACAGUUUUAUUAAGCAGAUAGCAGGUGGAUGGAGACAUACAAUGGCACUCACAUCUGAUGGAAAACUCUAUGGCUGGGGAUGGAACAAGUUUGGACAGGUUGGGGUUGGUGACAACGCUGAUCAUUGCUCUCCGGUGCUAGUUAAAUUUCCUCAUGAGCAGAAAGUAGUUCAGGUUUCAUGCGGCUGGAGGCACACACUUGCAAUUACUGAAGAGAAAAAUGUCUUCUCUUGGGGAAGGGGUACAAAUGGACAGCUCGGGCAUGGAGAAUCCAUGGACCGGAAUGUUCCGAAGAUUAUAGAGGCUUUGAGUGUUGAUGGCUCGAGUGGGCAACAGAUAGAAUCUUCAAAGCUUGAUCCAUUGUCAGGUAAAACCUGGGUUUCUCCAACAGAGCGAUAUGCAAUUGUUCCUGAUGAAAGUGGACAAACGGUUCAUUCGGGAAAGGGGAAUGGGGGUGAUGUGAGUGUCCCUGAGAAUGACGUGAAGCGAAUACGAAUGUGAUUCCUCUGAAGCAGAUUGAGUGGUCGUAAACUAUGUGGAUUCAGUCUGAAAAGAAAAAAAAUGCGUCAAUCGUCUUUUAACAUAUAUAUGUAUCAUGCAAGAAUAAAUGCGAUGAUGUGUUCAUGCAGCAAAGCCAGAGGGGUUUGUAAGGUGAGUGUGUUGUUGUUGGUUAUUAUUACUACUAUUAUUAUGAGGUUUGUAGGCUAUGUUACUACUGCUUAUAAUUUUCUUCAGUUGUUGAAACACUACAAUCAAUAUGGCUGUUUUAAUAGUAUCCAUUUUCAUGGUUUUAUUA